CCUCUCUUCUUCCUCCCUCUUUUCUUGUAUUUCUGCAAGAAAAAGAAAAACACACCCCAGCCCCCAUCCAUCUCCUCCUAGAUAGACCUCUCUCUCUCUCCCUCGGGCGGCGGCGGCGCGGUCGUGGUUUCUUGGGGGCUUUUUCCCCUUCCUCCAUGGCGGAGUACGACGAGGAAGGCGUGGAUGUGGCGGCCGCCGCGCAGAUUCUGCUCAGCCUCCGGAACCGGAAGCUGCGGCGGUGGCCGGAGUGGGAGGAGGCAGAGUUCGAUCUGCCGCCUGUGCCCGAGGGCUGGCCCAAGGGGCGCCGGUCACCGCUGCUCGUGCGGGCCAGCGGCGCCGCGUGGCUGAAGUCGUUGAAGGAUCCGUUUGCGCAGCUCGGAUCCGGCGCGUCUUCCAGCGGCGAGGACAGGGCGUGGUCGCCGGCUCCCGUGAGGGAGAAGCCGAAGGCCGCGCGGAGGGCCGAGAUGCUCCCCUGCUAUGGCGCGGCGGCGGCCGGAUCCGGCCCUUCUACGAGCGGCGGGGAAAGGGCGCGGCUGCGGCCGCGCUCGAGCGAGAAGGCGCGGGCGAAGGUGGCCGCGGUGGUGAAGGAGGCCGCCGCCAUGGCGGCGACCAGCCCGGAGACCCCUUUCGACUACGGCGCCGCCGCCGGAUCCGGGGCGUCCUCGAGCGGGGACGAGAGGCUGCGGUCGUCGUCGCCGACGAAGCGGAAGGCCCGUCGGCAGAGCGGAUCUGGCGGGCCGUCGAGCGGCGACGAGGGCUGCAGCUCCCCGGCGAAGCGCACUCGGCCCGACCUUAACGCCGGCGACGGCGUUACCCAGGAUGCGGCGCCGGCGGCGGUUAAAGUUAUGGAGCCGCCGAAGAUCGACGAGGAGAACUGCCGCGAUGAGAAGGGUCACUUGUUGUUUGACCUCAACGAAGAUCUAAACAUGUCGUGGGAAGGCUGAUGGGAAGAAGCAAGGCCGGCCAGGAAGGAAGGGGAUUUUGCUAACUAGUUGAUGGCAAAUAAACCCAAACCAGCUCAUGUGUACAUAAAAGGGCAAGCAAAGCCACAGUAGCAGAGAGCCGGUAAGGGUUUUUUGGUCAGUCAGACGGAUGGAGGAGGAGGGGCUUAGGAAAUACUAUCUCUUAUAUUAUCAAUUAGAUUUGUCAGGUUAAUCUAGACUGCUUUGUUCAUGUGCCAGCGUGCUGCUGGCUCGCUCAAUGCGCCCUUGUGCUGUUUUCUCUGUUGUCUGGAUGGUGUAAGCGUCAUUCAUGUGUUUAUUGACUAUCCACAUCAUGCUGAACUGAAUCGGCUGAUACAUUGCAGGAACAGCAAUAAUAUAUACAUUGUUUUUUUUCCUUUUU